AUGAGCGACGCAAGCAGCAGCUCCGAGAGCGGGCAGGACAUUUUGCGUCAGAUCGACAGCGACGACCUGUUCGAAGACACAGAGGCCCAACAGGCGAAACGUCGUACAGCAGAGCAAUAUGUAGAGCACUACGCAGAGAGGGACUGGGGACUAGCCGCGAGACAACGGCGUGUGCAGGGCGCAGGCAAAGACGUGGUGACGGAGAACACGUUCGAGCUCUCCCCCGGCAAGAACGUUGUCUUCCACGAGAAGCAGGGCCAGCAAGCCAAAGUCUGGGACUGUGCCUUGGUGCUGGCCAAGUUCCUAGCGAAUGAGACGUACUUCCCUCGAGGCUUUUUCGCCGACAAGCGCGUGAUCGAACUGGGCUGUGGCAUUGGCGUGCCGGGCUUAGCUGCCGCUGCAUUAGGCGCCAAGGAGGUGUUGCUAACCGACAUGCCCCUGGCCAUUGCCUGGAUUCAAGUGAACAUUGCGCGGAACCAGGCGCUCGGUUGCAUCCCCAGCAACGUCUGCGCGCGAGCGCUCCUGUGGGGCGACCACAAGGCACUCGGCGUGUACCGCUCCUUUGACGUCGUCUUGUGCUCGGACCUGGUGUACGGUCAUGGCGAUGUCUCGCAGAAGUUGGUCCAGACCAUCGUCCAGUUGUCGCAUCCCCGCACGCUCAUCGUGUCUGCCCAUGAAGCUCGACUUGCUGGCGACCGAGGCGCAGCCUUCUUCUCGCUACUAUCGGCGCAGCAGUUCCAAGUCGAACCAGUGCCUCGUGCACGUCUCGACAGCGUCUAUCGCGCGACUAACAUGCACGUGCAUCUGAUUCGUCCGGCCCAACCGCACGCCGACGAGUCGCUGUGGCCACAUGCAGAGCAUCUCGACACGACGCGCUGUCACGACCCGCUGCUGCGCGACGACGAGCUGCAAGUGGUGCUGGACGUGGUCACGGAAGACGAGGAGCGAUUGGUGGCGGACGAGUGUACCUCCCGACUCAGGCGUCGCCGGUAUGAGGAGAACCACUGGGACAAUGUGAUUGUCAAGUUCAAGGAGAUGGAACGCUCGCGCUGGUCGGCCGAGACGCUGCGGAUUUUGCAAAAGGUCCGCGAAGCUGCGGUGCUGCCCCAGGAGCUCAACUACUUUCCAGCGGUGCAUGUGAUUGAGCUGGCCGAAGACGGGUACAUUCGACCGCACGUCGACUCGGUCAAGUUUUCCGGUCGAGUCGUAGCCGGGCUGAGUUUGCUGUCUCCAAGCAUCAUGCGGUUCCAAGAGGAGCACGGCGACUCGGUGAUUGACGCGUACUUGCCACGUCGCUCCAUGUACAUGAUCACUGGAAGGAUCCGCUACCACUACAUGCACGCGAUCUUGCCCGGUACACAGCUGUUUCGAGAGCACGUGCGCGUGAAUCGCACGCGCCGCAUCUCCAUUAUGCUACGCGACGAAUUCGCAGAGGAACACGUUGCCAAGUACCACACACCGUUUGUAAAACCCGACAAGGAGACGCAGUAA